UUCCGAAUAUUUUUACGACUGGUUUUAUUAGAUAAAGAAUGUGGAAUUGAAAGAGGUUCUUUAAAUGAGUUAAAAAGGUGGGGUAGGGAGCAGAUAUUAAAAAAUAAGGAAUUAUUAAAUGAGUAUAUAUCAUAUAGGGAAGUAUUAAAUGAGUAUACAAAAAUUUUAAGAGAGAGUAAAACGGGGCAUUUAGAAUGUAACAUUGAAAAGGUGGCUAACCAUGUUGGUUUAACAACAAAAAGGAUGAGAAAUAAAGAAUAG